AUGGAUCUAUCAGCCUGGGCAUUGCCGCAGCUUUCGAAGCUUCUUCCUCUCGAUGACGAGUCGCUGAAGCAGAUAAUAUCGUAUACAGAUUCGCUCUCCCAAAAGGAAGCGGCAGACCACCUUCAGAAUCUACUCGGAGAUAGUCCGCAGGCGCUCGAGUUCAUCACCUCAUUCAACAACCGAAGAAAGCCCAAGGCUUCUGCUGGAGCGAGUCAGAAUCAGCAAUCAAGUGGCGUUUCAGAGGUACCCAAGGCUAAACCGAGGAAGAAGAAGCAGUCCGGGCUGAACAAACUUCCACCACCACGACAGCCUGACAACUAUGGAAACGUCUCUGGUGGGUACAUGAAGAAAGAUGAAGAGGACUACAUUGCAGGAAGUUCAAAAGCAAAAGCAGCCAAGUUUGGGUUGUCGGAAAAGCCCGAUGCUUUGCAGGUGCCAAAAUCAACUGCGUCAUCUGGGACGGCGACACCAAAGUCUCGCGGCGUCUCGCCUACUCCCCCAUCCACGAAGCUUCCAGCUGCGAAGCUUCCAGGUACCGUGAUUGGCGAGACAAAACCCAAGCCAAAAGCCAAGGUCAACGUUACAGGUGGAACACCGAUGCAUGGCGCCUCUACAGCACUGAACGACCUGGAGUCAGCAAUCAGAGCACUGGAAAUCCAGACGAACCCCACUCUAGCCGCGCAAGACAACGGCAAGCGGAAGUGCAAUUGUAUGGCUACCAGACAUCCGCUCCUAGAGGCUGCGCCAAAUUGCCUCAACUGCGGCAAGAUCAUUUGUGUAAAAGAAGGUAUCGGCCCAUGUACCUUCUGCAACUCGGCACUUUUCAGUCCGCAAGAGAUUCAAUCCAUGGUGCGGGUUUUGCGUGAAGAGCGCGGAAAAGAGAAGAUGGCUGCCAACAACGCAGGCCAGAAGCGCGCUGAAGUAUCACUAGCACCUCGUCCAUUUUCGACCCCGCGUAGCAGCACACCGGCGUCUUCGAAUCCUGCUUCAGACGUAGAGUCGGAGAAUGAAAAGCUGGCCAAGGCAAAACAACAUAGAGACAAGCUUCUUGCCUUCCAGGCGCAGAAUGCAAAGCGAACUCAAGUCCACGAUGAGGCUGCAGAUUUUGAAACCACGAGCGCCGGACUCAGCAUGUGGGCCAGCCCGCAAGAACGCGCCAUGCAGCUCAAGCGACAGCAAAAGGCCUUGCGAGAUCAAGAGUGGAAUGCGCGUCCAGAGUAUGAGAAGCGCAAAGUAGUCGCCAGCAUCGAUCUCUCUGGCAAGAAACUUGUCCGGCGUAUGGCUGCUGCAGAACGGCCUGCUACACCUGAGAGCGAAGACGAACCUGCAGAACCCGAGCAAGGAUCAGGCAGUGGUAAUGCGCUCUCGGGCGGUGGUGGUGCGUUCAGUAAGAACCCAUUGCUGGGUGGUCUAAUUCGGCCCACGAUCAAGGUUGAAGAGAACAAAGGGAAGGAGAAGGCCAGCGAGAGAAAGCAAACAUGGCGGCGGGUGCAAGACGACAAUGAUGACAAUGAGCAGUGGAUCUUGGAUGGUGGCGUGUAUGGGUCGAGAGCGGAUAACGUGAGUUUAGAGACAGAUGGACUUGGAUAGUCCCAAACACCUUUCCAACUGUCCAACUUGUAUGUUCCAAGCCUAUGAAUUAUCAGCAUACCAUAGGUGAGAGAGCAAUGAUUAG